CCCCGCGAAGGGGGCGGAGCGACGGCUGCGAGGGCUCCUCCCGCGGGCUUUGUGCGCGCCUGGAAUCCAGCUGUCGCCGCCCCUCGGAGCCCCUUGCCCCCGGCGGGCGCACAUUUCCGGGCCGCCCACCACCCCGACCGCGUCGGUAGCCGCUGCGCCUGCCUGCUCCGUGGCCGUCCCGCCCCAGUAGCCCCCGAAAUGCCGGUCGACUUCACCGGGUACUGGAAGAUGUUGGCCAACGAGAAUUUCGAGGAGUACCUGCGCGCUCUCGAUGUCAACGUGGCCUUGCGCAAAAUUGCCAACUUGCUGAAGCCAGACAAAGAGAUUGUGCAGGACGGCGACCAUAUGAUCAUCCGCACGCUGAGCACUUUCAGGAACUAUAUCAUGGACUUCCAGGUUGGGAAGGAGUUUGAGGAGGAUCUGACGGGCAUAGAUGACCGCAAGUGCAUGAUGCAGUUCUCUAAGUGUCAUUAUGCCCAUUUUGCGGAUGAGAAUCUGAGGCUCAGAGAGGUGAAGAACCUUUUUGACCCCAGGUCCCAGCCAGCUGGUGGCAGAGGAAGGAUUCUAACUGGUCUAUUUAAAAAGACCACGGUGAGCUGGGACGGGGACAAGCUCGAGUGUGUGCAGAAGGGGGAAAAGGAGGGACGCGGCUGGACCCAAUGGAUUGAGGGUGACGAGCUGCACCUGGAGAUGAGAGUGCAGGGUGUGGUCUGCAAGCAAGUAUUCAAGAAAGUGCACUGAAGCCUGAGCAGACCUUGAUCUCGAAGAAUGAGUGGCAUGGACGUAUGCGCCAGGAUCCCCUUCUUUGCACAGCAUGGGGCAGAAAUGUCCAGCCACUCUUAGGCAUCUGUUAGCAGAGUCUCUCUCUUGGCUUUGUCUCUUUUCUUUUCCUUAAAACGAAGCCAUCCCAAUAAAAGUGAUUUCUGCUCAAUA